CAUGUUCACGUUCGUUGUUGGAGCGAAGGAUGAAGUUUUUAAGUUUGGGGUCGCUGAUCUCUCGGGAGCUCUCAAGCUGUCUUUUCUUUUGGCCAUUCAUUGAAAUCGAUUGGCCUCUUUGUUUGGGAAAGCUUGACGGAGGGUUGCUCUUGUUGUUGGAUUGUUUUUUGUUUGGUUAUAGGAGAAGAAGAUGCAACAUCCCCAGAUGGAACUGUUUGUGAUUCAGCGCUGUUGGUACAGUGGUCCUCAUGUGGAACCGAGUGUCGACUGUCGUCGUUUGUUUACGAGUCGUCGCGAGGCCGAAGAAGUGGCCUACCAUUCGGCCCAUGAGUUUGCCAAUCAAAAUAUCUUUGCUACCGCAGCUGCCAAUAAUGCGAAACCUGCCACGGUCAAGACCCUCUUGUUGCCUCCUUACGCCAACUGUGGCGAAAGCAGUUAUGCCUUUCAGACUUGUGGCAAACUCUUUUGGGUCCGAUCGUUGCAAGCCACCAUUGUCCCGUUUGUCUUUGGCGCCACGUCCUUUGACAAAGCCGAAGUCGUCUUUACCGAAGGCAUUAUUGGUGGAACGGGAAAUCGCAAUUCGCGUCGAGGAUCCGAAGCCAAGAGCGGACACGUCUUUUGUGGUGCCGAUGCUAAGCGAUGUGCCAUUGAUGCCCUGACGCAAAAGCUCACACUCGAUGAUCGCCGCAUGGAUAUCAAGGUGACGGUAGAUCAAAUUCCCAUUGGCAAGGCGGCUCAUACCACUGCUGUGGAUUGGCCACCCUCGCAGCGGCUCUUGCAACAACAGCAACAGCAUCAAAUGCAAUUUGGACACACCAUGGAAGAAGAAGAAGAAGGAGAUCAAAAGCGAGAAUGGAACGUGGAAAACCCCAAUUUGCCAUCCAAGCGUCAAUGCAAGCUCAAUCGCCAGGAACCACAGGAUCAGCAGGCAGUGUCUUGCAGUAUGAUGUUUUAACUAAACAAAUGGCAUCCACAACAACCAACACACGCGAGAUUUAACUUGAGUGUGUGGGGACUUAUCAGCAACAAGAACAAGAAGACAAAAAGACGAGAACAAGAAACAACAACAAAGCUACAUGUCGGGGCGACCAACCAAUCAAACAACAAUGACUACUACUACUUACUAAAACAGGAAGAAGGGAACGAGGAAAACAGUAGAGAAUGAACCAACCACCAGGGAAGCUAACUUCUUGCCAUGAAUUGAACACAAAUGGCAAACGGGAGGGUACCAUAGCAUUUCAGGGAUGGGGCUACUACUACUAGCUAGAUAGAUAGUAGUAAAACGAGAUAAAAAGUGCAAAACUGUGUACAUGUAAAACAACCAAAUCAAACUUAACCAAUAGAUUAGUACCUGAGUUCUAAGCAAGCAGAAACACAACAAUGCGCUUUUUCGGAUGAGCGGAAGUAGCAAUGCUCGAAUCGUGCAAACGAAGCGUCCAAAUUCCGCUUAGAGAAAGUAAACCUCUGGUUUCCUCAAGGAUGACGGCGCAUGAGAGGCAGCAGCAGCAGUUCGCACCCCUUUUCAUAGCUUGUGGGCAUCCCCCAUUCGGCACGCAUUUUGCCAUGAUGUCCGUGUGUUUUGAAAUAGACAAUACGGUAGCUAGCUAGAUCUUCAGACCUUCUUUCUUCAGGACUUGAUAUCAACCUGUCGUUAAUACAAGAGAGUGUCAUCAUGCUUGGGUUGACGUCCCCUUCGAUGCUUCGCUCAUGGAUUGAGAUAAUGAUUCGGCCUCGUUGCUUUGCUUCUCCACGGUGAGUUCGAUGUGUACAUUAGUAACGUGGCGUGGAAAAUGAAUGCUUCAAGCCAGGCAGCGGAGU